AUGACCGACAAAAUCGCUGCCAAAGUCGCCAGAUCGUUCUUCAAGGGCCAGGCCACCGCAUUCGAGCCUCGUGAUCCGCUCUACGAGACUUCCGUUAACCCCCAGACUGGUAAACGUAAACGCACCCAACGUCAGCUUCCGCCUGGUUUAAGCAAACAUGAAGAAAAAAUCCUGAAGAAGAUCAGGAAACGGGCACAUUAUUUGGAUAAAGGAUUCUCGAUUUGUGGAUUUAGAUUUGGAUGGACGUUUCUAAUUGGCUUUAUCCCAGUGGUUGGAGACGCAGCCGACGCGGCCUUGUCCUACUAUCUCGUGAUCAGACCGGCUAGGACGUGUAACUUACCUGCGUUAUUGGUUCAGCGAAUGUUUUUGAACCAGAUUGUGGCGACCUCCAUCGGACUGGUUCCGAUUGUUGGGGACAUCAUCAUGGCGAUAUGGAAAGUGAACUCACGAAACGCGGCCUUAUUUGAAGAUUUUAUCACACUACGCGCCCAACACGCUGUCGACGCAUCCCAGCCGAAUGGAGUGACACCAUCCGAAACGGCAGCGCUGGCAGAGAACAGUACCAGAACGGCUUAUAUCGACGGAAUAACAGGCGAUCGUGAACCUCUCGCCAGUGGACUCAACCCAGGCCAAUCAUCAAGUGCAGGACCCUCUCAAGCGGCCAACAAUUCGGAGAACACUGAUGCCAACAAGAUUCGAAAACCUUCCCAGGGAUGGUUCAAGCUUAAGAAAUAACUGCACACCCUGAUUCACCAAUUAGGCACACAGUGAUCAAAGGUCGCUUAAUUAUCACCAGAAGCGCAUUGUAGA